CUUAUUAAAUCUCAUACCCUUAUAUUUCUCUUUCAGGCAUUUUUCCAAACACCUUUCGCUCACUUUAACAUAUUAACUUCGGGACUAGCUAUCUAUCUAUGGCCAGGCCUCAACAGCGUUAUCGAGGCGUUCGUCAAAGACAUUGGGGUUCUUGGGUUUCCGAAAUUCGUCACCCUUUAUUGAAAACCAGAAUUUGGCUUGGUACUUUCGAAACGGCUGAAGAUGCUGCCAGAGCUUACGAUGAAGCUGCUCGCUUAAUGUGCGGUCCAAGAGCAAGAACCAAUUUCCCUUUCAAUGGAACUGACUCCAAUUCCUCUUCUUCCAAACUUCUCUCUGCUAAUUUGACUGCAAAACUCCACCGUUGCUACAUGGCGUCUCUUCAUUUGCAGAAACCCGCCACCCAUCGCUUCAAUUCCGGCGCCGACGCGGCCGGGAUUAAGCCCCUGACGGCGGAGGUAAAGAACCAAACGGAAACCGCUCAUCAGCCGUUUGUGGCUCUGGAAGAGGAUCAUAUUGAACAGAUGAUUGAGGAAUUGAUUCAUUAUGGAUCUGUUGAGCUCUGUUCUGUUGUGCCACCGUCUCAGACGUUUUGAUAUUAAUUAUAAAAAAAAUUAAAAUUAAAAGCCCAUUUUGUUCGAACUUUGGGGAUUACAUAAAUAUUGUUAGUUUUUUUUUUUUUAUUUUAUUUUUUUAUUUUAUGUAAUUGUACUGGAUUAUUAACAAUUAGGUUAUCUGUAUAAUCCGAUUAUCUUAAUGUACUACUGCU